AUGUCCUCUGCCAAACCAAGUGUCACCAAGCGCGCCUGUGAUGGUUGUAAGAUUCGAAAGAUCCGCUGUGGCGGCGGGCAGCCUUGCAGGUCCUGCACCAAGGCCAAAAUAAAAUGUACUUAUGUCCGAGUUCAGCAAUGUCGAGGACCGAGGCGAUUGCGCUCCACGACACAAUUCCUCAUCGAGCAAGCGCAGGUUGGGGGCGACAACAAUGACUGCGAGGAUGCGCACCGCUCAACUGAAGCUAUGCUGGAAAGGCUCAAUCCGAAUACUACGCCUGCGCGACAGACCUCACGCAUGGAAAGUUCGCGAAUUCCUCUCGAUACCUUGACGUCUCCGCUCUCCAUUUACCACGUGCGCAUGUACCCCGUUUGGCCAAUUGUCAACGUCGAAGAAAUGGUGUCCGCACUUCAACGAGAUACUGUUAACAGUGACAACGAGACUUAUGCGUUGUCGACUGCAGUAGCAGCAGCGACAAUAGCUCAACUACGGUUGGAGCAAGGCCCCGGCGCGGGGGAAACGAUCACAGCCGAAAUGUUGGCAGCGGAAUGCUUGCGCGCUCGGAACCUAUGUGAUUAUCGCUCGCAGGUCAACUUGAACAGUAUCCAGACGUCCUUUUUUCUGCAUGUGUACUAUGAAAACCAAAAGCCCGGAGGGAGUGAAUCUCUUCUGCAUUUAAGAGAGGCCAUCUCCAUUGCUCAGAUAAUGGGUCUCCAUCGAGAGUCGUCUUACAAUUCUCUAUCGUUUGAGGAGCAACAAUUACGUCGGCGUGUCCUUUGGCUGCUCUUUGUCACAGAACGGUACCCAGUCACAUUGAAAACGAAUAUCUCAGCCCCGGUGAUUGACGAAAAUGACGAAUCGCAUGUCCUCCCCGCCUUCCUCAAGCUCCUCAACCUCUUCCAGAUCUUCGAGAAAUCAGGGAUGUUUGAUAUUAUUCAGGAUGAAAAUACCGACAUGCAGCCAGGUGCAAAUAAUGUGGGGCGCGUCGAUUGGCCCUUCCUGGAGAGCCUUCAGCGAAAUCUGCAGGACGGAUCGAUGUUAUUUGAGCAUAUCUCGGAUGUACAGAAGGCAGAUCUGUGCGUCACUCGGCACUGGAUGCGAAUGAUCCUAUGGAAACUGUCUGCAAAACACUAUCCGGGGCCUUCCCCGUCCGCCGACCAAUCCAUGUCUCGUUGCUUCCCACUCAACGUCGCCCAGGAGCUAGUAAACAUCGUCUCGCAACUACCUCGGUCGGCAGUUGAGGCGCAUGGUUUGGGUAUGGAGCUCAAGAUUUAUGAGGUUGCUAACUCCCUUGCGGAUGCCAUUAAAGACCUCGCUGUGCUGCCACUCUCUCCCGAAUGGGAUGGCGAGAGUCGUCCAAAUUAUAUCUUAUCUCGUCUUCACUCCAUAUUAUCGACCUUUCGCGGCGGAGGGAACAAGAAAUUGAUUGAUCUUCUCUACCAGAAAAUGGCAGAGGUGCAGGUCGUGAUCGGACCCGCGUUAACAACACCUCUUCGAAAUGCUGGUAGCAGAAAGCGUUGGACACCCCCCACGGAGUGCGAAACUCAGGUUCACGGCCAACAAGCGAAGAGAAUUACCGAGUUGGCUAAUCAAGAUCCUAAUUUAUCCACCUGUUUAGACCCACUUGCUUAUCUGUCCGACGCGAACGACUUGACCUACGUGUCGGUCUGUGAUAUGUCCUUUGGGAGUUCAGACGAUGGUGAUCCGAACCAAGCCCCACAAUACUCAGGUGCAAAUGAUCUCUUUCAACCGACGUAUGACGAGGCAGCAUCCAAUUUUCUGUUUGACACAAGUAGUGUAGCCCUUGAAACGGAAGAAAUGACACCUCUAUCACCCUUAUGGUCGUCGCUAGUGCCGAUGAACGCAAUCACUGAGGACAUAGCAUCCCAGAUCUUACGAGCCUCAACCCAGGAUCUCUUAUUUCCUGGUGCUGAAUUCACGAAUUUUGCUACGAACACUGAUUUUGUUGGUCUCUACUGAAACUGACCUUUCGAAAACAUUUAACACUAAAUUCAAAACCUGACGAGUACAUGCAACAAAGCUUAAUACUUAAAGCGAAAGUCCAGCCGCUUGUUCCCUUCGCCUUCUCGAGCAGCCUGGUCGGACUGGUACGCCACUUUCUCCUCGGGCGUCAUAUCAUUCCACUUCUUCUCUUUCUGUCGAUUGAGGUAACGGAGGUACUCCCU